AUGCUCCCUGAGGACAGUAGCAGAGCCCUGGCAUUCCAGGUCUGCGUGUCCCUGAAUGGAAAGCGCUCCCACGUUCAUGGAACAAGAGAAAAGGCCACAUCUCUCCCUCUCCCCAUGGGUUCUGUCCCACUUGUGACAACUUAUGUUCUCCUCUUUCUGACUGAGCUCAGCACUGGCCAGAGAAGAGUAACAGUUCAGAAAGGACCGCUGUACCGGGCCGAAGGUUAUCCAGUCAGCAUUGCGUGUAAUGUAACUGGCCACCAGGGACUGGCUGAGCAGACUUUCCAAUGGUCCAUUUACAAACCAGAUAAGCCAGACAGAGAGGUACAGAUAAUCAGUACUAAGGACCCUGACUUCACUUAUGCCUUCUAUACCCUUCGAGUUCAGCGUAGGGAUAUCUACGUGGAGAGGAUCCAAGGAAACUCAGUCUUGCUACAUAUUUCAAAGCUCCAAACCCAGGAUGCUGGCGAGUAUGAGUGUCAUACACUGAACACUGAUGGAAAAUACUUUGGGAGCUACAGUGACAAGGUGAUCCUAACAGUGAUUCCAGAUACCCUCUCUGUGACCAUGAGUCCUCAGACUCUCAACAGAGAGGAAGGAGAGUCAUUAACCCUUACCUGUGAGGUCUCCAAGGCCACAACUCAACACACGCACCUCUCUGUCUCCUGGUACCAGCUUCAGGAAAGAGGAAACCAAGCCACCGAGAUCAUUUCCCUGUCCAAAGAUUUUAUCUUGAUCCCCGGAUCCUCCUACACAGAGAGGUUUUCAGCAGGUGAUGUGAGGCUAGACAAAAUCGGGAAUACAGCCUUCAGGUUGUCCAUAGGGAGGCUGCAGCCUGUGGACCAAGGCCAGCUAUUCUGUGAAGCCAUUGAAUGGAUCCAGGACCCUGAUGAGACCUGGACAUUUAUCACUCGGAAACAGACAGACAAAGCUACAUUGAUAGUCCAACCUGAAGUUAAAGAUUUUCAAGUUGAUAUUUCUGUGGAAAGUUCCUUCGCCGUAGGACAACCUUUGAGGCUGAUUUGCUCAGUGGCAUCAAAGAGUAGCCAGAACCAAAGAUUGCAGGUUGUCUGGUUCCUGAAUGCCACUGACAUUGGCAAUAUUGAUGCUAGUGGUGUUCUGGGCUUAAAGAAAGACUAUGAAGAAAGAGCCAACCUUGGGCAGCUCCAAGUGUCAAAGAUCAGCCCCAAGGCCUUCACUUUCACCAUCUCCUCCAUGGGUCCUCGGGAUGAAGGCACAUACAGGUGUGAGGUGGCGGAGGUGGUGAGCGCUCAUGAGGACUUUCCAGGGCUACCUCAGAGAAAGCAGUUUGCAGACAUCACUGUUCGUCUCAGAAAGCCAAGAGCAAAAACACUGGAACUAUCUGCAGAGAAUGGAAAGAGAUCAAUAUGGGAGGGAGAGGCCCUAAUUUUCUGCUGUAAGUUGAAUGGAGCAGAACAUCCUCUGUCUGUCAUCUGGUGGCAUACUCCAGUCAACCUGCAGCAGCCAGAGUUCCUAGGUAGCCUGGAAAAAGAUGGUACUGUGCACCUGGGCCCUUCCUAUAAAGACCGUAGCAAUGAUGGCUCUAUAGGGUUGAAGAAAGAGAAUGUGGCCACAUUCCGACUGGAGAUAUUCAACACCUUAAUGACAGAUGGAGGGACUUAUGAAUGCAAAGUGACAGAGUUUCAGAACAAGGAUGGAGGUUCGAGCUGGACUCAGAAGACUCCAGUCACAGUAAACUCUCUAAAUUCAGGUUUACAUGUGACUCUGCAGAGCCGCCAACCCAAGGUCACAAUAAGUGAUACCUUUGCCUUGUCCUGCAUCAUCCGUUUUGACUACUCAGGCCUGAAGGUGCCAAUAACAGUAACCUGGCAAUUUCAGCCCCGGGGAGCGUUAGAUUAUCAACAACUAGUCACAAUCACUCAGAAUGGCACCAUUGAAUGGGGCCACUUCCAAGAGCAGAUGCAAAAGAAAAUCAAGGUUUCACAGUCUUCUUCCGGUUCUCAACUCCUAAUCUAUGAUGCCACAGAAGAAGACACGGGAAUAUACCAGUGUAAAGUGGAAGCCUACCAGAGAGAGACACAAUAUACCUAUGGCCCAACCAGGAGAGCAGCAAUGGUCAUCUCUCACCCAGUGGGGAUAGACAUUACUUUGCCAGAGAGUCAACUGAUGGUGAAAUCAGACAGUCAAGUCCAAGAGAUCUCCAUCAACACGGAAGCUGAUAUCGAAUGUAGCAUCUUAUCGCAAACUAAGGGAAAGACUCAAAUUAGUGUCACUUGGUAUUACCUUCCCCCUUCUCGUGAAGCAUCGUGGCUAAAGAUCCUGGAAACUGAUCAAGAUGACGUUGUCAAAUAUGGUGAUGAUUUUCACAGUCCAAAAAAGAAACAGAAACUUCACAGUGAGAAGGUUUCGAAAGACCUGUUUCAGCUCCACAUUCAGAAUGUAGAUAACAGUGACCAGGGAACGUAUCACUGCACUGUGGAGGAGUGGUUAUGGUCCACAAGUGGCUCUUGGCAUAAGCUUGGGGAAAAGGAAUCAGGAAAGACAGAAUUAAAACUCAAGCCUAUAGGAAGUAAGCUAAAGGUCAUGAAGACAAAUCACACCGAGAACACUCUUGAACACAGAGAUGUAACCAUCAACUGCAGUUUGGAGAGCCCCAGCCCCUCAGCAUCCAUUUUCUCUGUAGUUUGGUUCAGAAUGCAAGAGCACUCUACAGUUACGGUUCUAGUGGAAAUGCAACAUGAUGGCGUCCUGAAGUAUGGCAAGGAGGAACACAGGGGAAAGCUGCAUUGCUACCGCUCAUCCGCUGGAGAUUUUGUCCUGAAGCUUCGAAGCGUGGAGAUGGUGGAUAAUGGGAUAUACUGGUGUAAGGUGGAGGAAUGGCAGCUCCAUGGAAGUCCCAGCAAGUGGGUCAGCCAGGCAUCCGAUGAGUCAGGACAUAUGCUGCUCAGGGUGCUUCAUUCAGAGCCUACAUUUUCAUCCAGGAUCUGCUCAUCAUCAUUUUUAUUAUACUUCCUGGUUAUCUAUCCCUUUGUCAUUUUCAUCCCCCUCCUCAUUUUCACAUGCUGCUUACACAGGAAGGCCAAGAAGAUGUCUCUGCAGAGUUCUAAAGAAAGGCAAGGAGAGGCCCUCUGGGUGGGCUUGAAAAGGGCGGAAGGAAACUUCCUGAAUUACAAUGACUGUAAGAGUGAUGAGAAGCUGGAGGAGGAAGAAGAUGAAAUCAAUUGA